AUGACAGCACCAAAUCCCAGAAGUGGCUGGGAGAAGAUAGGCGAUCAAUUCUAUCAAAAGAUACAGCUAUACGAGUCUGUUUUUGACCGAGACCUUGAGCUUGAGAACUACCUGGUGGCGGGAGCGCCGUACGGUGGAGCGCUAGCACUAUGGAGAGAUUCUAGCAAGAUCGCACGUUAUAGAACUGGCCAAUCGACAAAGUCCACAAUCGACAUUUACUCAACUUCGGGCAAGCUCAUCAGCAACAUCAACUGGGAGAAGGGCCCGAUAAAAGGCUUAGGUUGGUCAGACGACGAGAAGCUAUUGGUCGUCACCGAGGACGGCACAGUACACUGCUACUUUGGGCUUUACGGGGACUUUCAACCGUUCUUGCUGGGACAUGGCGCGGAAGAGUAUGGUGUUGUGUCGUGUCGAUUUUGGUCGCACGGUUUCGUCGCUCUUCUGUCCAACAACGCAUUGAUCGCUGUUUCUUCGUUCGACGAGCCGAGGCCACGGCUACUUGCACAGCCUCCGGAAGGUGAAAUACAUUCUUGGUCUCUUAUUCCUCCUGCCUAUACGCUUUCAAGAUCAGUCGAGGUCUUGUUGGCAAUUGACAAGACCAUUAUCGUCGUUGAUGCCUCGGAAGCAGAUGAUCGAGGUCUAUCCGAUGGUCCUUUCAAACAUGUGAGCGUCUCACCGAACGGAAGGUUCGCAGCACUCUACACCGAAGAUGGCAAGGUGUGGGUGGUGGGAAGCGACUUUCAGCAGAAAUACAGUGAAUAUGACUCUAAAGCAAAAACUACACCGACACAGAUAUACUGGUGCGGAAAUGACUCUGUGAUCUUGGCCUGGGAAGACGAGAUUCAUAUGGUUGGCCCGGAUGGCGGGGCGGUCAAAUAUUAUUACGACGACCAGGUCCACGUGGUGCCUGAUAUUGACGGCGUUCGACUGAUCACGAAUGAUUCUUGCGACUUCCUGCAUAAGGUACCGGACCAACUAGAGGAGGUCUUCCGGCUCGGGUCAACCUCAGCAGCGUCGGUGCUAGUUGACUCCAUCGAACUGCUGGAGAUGAAAUCCCCAAAGGCAGACGAGAACAUACAGCGAAUCAAACAGAACCUGCCGGAGGCGGUCGAAACAUGUAUUCAAGCCGCAGGCCACGAAUUCAACCAGAAUCUGCAAAAGCAGUUGUUGCGCGCGGCUUCAUUCGGCAAGUCUGUUCUUGACUUGUACAGCAGCGAUGAAUUUGUCGACAUGUGUGAGGACCUGAGGGUAUUGAACGCUGUCCGCGACUACCGCAUUGGGCUUUUCAUGUCAUACGAGCAGUACGUCCGCCUCACGCCGGAGAGGCUGAUCGCACGGUUGGUCAACCGAAGAGAAUACCUCCUGGCCAUCAAGCUCUCCGAAUUCCUCCACCUCCCUCUCAACAAAAUCUACGUCCAUUGGGCAAGCCAAAAGGUCAGAAGCUCAUCCGCAGAUGACGACUCGGUGAGGGAAGUUGUAGUUGAUCGUUUACGUGGAAAACAUGGCAUCUCUUUUGAAACAAUAGCCCGAGCAGCUUAUGAUGAAGGUCGAGGUCAUCUCGCGACGACACUCCUCAAUCACGAGCCAAGAGCGGGAAAACAAGUCCCUCUACUCCUCAGCAUGGAAGAAGAUGAGAUUGCCCUCAACAAGGCCAUUGAAUCAGGUGACACCGAUCUAGUGUUCUAUGUUCUGCUUCAACUGAAAAAGAAACUGCCAUUGGCGACCUUCCUUCGCACAAUCAGCGAAAAGCCCGUGGCAGCCGCGCUCGUCGAGAGCUCAGCAAGAGCACAAGACCAAGAGCUGUUGAAAGACCUGUACUACCAAGACGAUCGACCAGUUGAGGGCUCAAAUCUCCUGCUAGAGGAAGCCAUGCAACAGCCUCAUAUUCAGGCAGUCAUCGAUAAGCUUAAGCUUGCUGGCAGACUGCUCACCGAUGCUAAAGAUCCCACUGCUACCAUACACAGCAGAGCCCUGGGAGAGGCAGCUCAAUUGCUAAAGAUGCAAGAGGCAUUUGACAAAGACAUCACCGACAGUAGUGGUAGUUAUGUGGGCCUCAGCGUGAACGAGACGUUGUUCCGACUCGUCAAAUCCGGUUAUGGCAAGAGGGCUGUCAGUGUUCAGAAUGCCUUCAAAGUACCUGAAAAGACAUGGUGGUGGAUCCGCCUUAGGGCCUUGACUGCAGCUCGAUUAUGGGGCGAAGUGGAAGAGCUCAGUAAGAACAAGAGAUCGCCCAUCGGUUGGGAGCCCUUUUAUAAUGAAGUGCUCGGUGCCGGCAACACUCGGCUUGCCGCAUCAUUCAUACCCAAAUGCACCAAUCUGCAACCGGCAGAACGCAUCGAGAUGUGGAUCAAGUGCGGCAUGAUCGUCAAAGCGGGCGAGGAGGCUCUGAAGGCCAAGGAUCUUGCAUCGCUAGAGUCUCUGCGAGACAAGGCCAAUGGGCAGCAGCAAGUCGAACUCGAGAGAAUGUUGACUCAGUUGAGGCCAAAGAAAUAG